CGACCUUCCCCUCUGUGAGCCGGUGAUUCUAUUGGCUGUUCUGGCCGAGCUAUUGUGACCGGCCGGCGGCGCGGCGGCCAGUGUGUCCCGGUCGGCGGGGCGGGCGGCCGCGCGCGCGCACCGCUGCCGAGCAGGCCGGCCUAUAUAACGAGCGCGGCUGCCGGCGACGGCGACGUCCACAAUCGCAUCGGCCGGCUGACAACGUCAUGACUCCGGCGGUUCUGCUCACCCUGACUGUGCUGCCGCUCACAGUGAGCGGUAUGCCGACCAACGACAGGACAUGUCGAUUUGGUAACACCACUUACCAAACGGGAGACACCUGGUACCCACGGGUCUCGGAUAACGGAAGCAAUGAACGCACCUGCCUAGUCUGCAAAUGUCACCAGGGUAACAGUUUCAACUGCACCAACACUGACUGCGCCUCGGCAUGUCGGGGAUCGUCCCGGGAAGACCUGGAGUGCUGUAACAUCUGUAGCGAGGCGGACGUGGGCGGUCCGCCGUUCCGGACCCAGGCACGGGACGUGCGCGUUAGCUCAGCCUCAUCCACUCCGUGCAUCAGAAACGGCCACCGCUACCGACAGGGAGAGAAGUUCACCUCCAACGACACCGGCCUCGAGCCCACCAAGACCUCGCAGUGCGUCCAGUGCAUCUGUGAGUCUGACAGCACGGUGCGCUGUGCGUUGGAGGAGUGUCCGCGCGCCUACUGCGACAAACCGAUCGAGAAGCCCGGUCACUGCUGCCCCGUCUGUCCCGAGGAGAGCCACAGUUUCCUGAAUGACCGGCUGCAUGCGGCGACCAACGUCUUGGACAAGCCCUCCAUCGAUUCGCUGGAGAUUAUCGGCAUGGGCAGGAGUACCUUCACGGUGCAGAGUCCUUCGCCACGUACCGGAAACGACUGCGUCUCGGGAGUCAAACUGUACCCGAACGGCGCCACGUGGCACCCGGUGAUGGGGCCGUUCGGCCGGCUCACCUGCGACCUGUGCCGCUGCUCGGCCGGCACCGUCGAGUGUAGCCACGUGCAGUGCCCCAAGCCGACCUGCGCGCGGCCGCAGGUUGUGCUCGGACAAUGCUGCCCUCUCUGCCCCAACUCCAAAGCCUCAGAACAGGCGGCGCCCUCUCGCCCCGACAUGCCCCUGGUCAAGUGUAUCCCGGCCCAGAGGGCGCUGCUCGUGUGGAAGUCGCACGGCGGUGCCAACAUCUCACAGUUCAUCCAGUACAUUUUCGAGCGGCCCACCCGGUACGGUCUUUCUGAGAAGCACGAGUGGAUGUUCAGCCGCGGCGAGAAGCAGACGUUCAGGAUGCUGAGGAUCGACGACAGCAGCGUCAGCGAUCUCAAGGAGGUGGCCAGCUUCAAGAUGCUCGGCACCACGAAUCAGAACCGUCUCCGCCGAUUCUUCAACCGCGAGCAGGCCGUGUCCCGUAAGUGCAAGGCCCGCUGCGGUGAGCGCGUGCUGCGCUUGGAACGCACCCUCCGCCUGCGUCAGCCGAAACAACGGCGCGGCUGCCGGCCAAAUGAGCGUCAGAUCGACCUCUAAACGCUGCACUCAGCUAGUGUAGAGUUCAGGGAUGUCGGCUGAGGCGCACAGUGGCUCAAUCUGCCCCCACAUCGGACCACAAUCAUCAUUCGGACAGUCCUAUCCUGGCACUGUGGCGACGCGGACUUUGGUGGAGUCGCCUACCACUCUGUCCGUCGGUCGGGCGAUUUUGGUAUAUGUGCCACGGCGGGCACAAUACGGGGUCGUCUGGGGCGGGUGGCCGGUCCGGGGGCCGCGCGGGGACGGGCCGCUGUUCCGUUUUGGCCGCGGUGUAGACUCGCUGGACCAGAGUGCGCUGACAGGGCUGGUCCCGUCGCUUGUACUGCCGAGCGCUGGCGCCGGCCGAUUGUGAUACUGACGCGCGGUCGGGGGCCGGUCAUGUUGUGGUCAUUGUCAUGUUGUUUAUUUUUUCACGAGUGCAGAGAGUGGAAACUGCUAAGUGCGGCGCGGUGCCGCAGGCCCGAGGGUGUUGACAGGUGCUGUGUAGUGCGUAGCCGGCUGAGUGAGAGUACUCGGCUGCAUCCGACAUAACGUGCUCGUGUGCGCUUAUCCGUUAGCGAGCGCUCGUGUCGUGGCUUUUAAAUACUCAUGGAAGCUAGUCACUUAUUCUGCGUUUUGUGUCUGGUUGAAUCCGCGGCAUGUGAGCUGGGCGGACGGCAGUAUUUUAUGCUCAGGUUAGUUUGGUUGGACUUACUAGGAUUGGUGAUGUUUGAAUAUGGCAGUGAUUCAAACCCUUUGCGGCCUAGGGUCCAAACGCGCUGCAUUGCACGACAAGUAAGCGCGUCAUCAUUAAUUUCAUCUUUUAAUGACGCACUUCUUGUAUUUUCUACCAUGUCCCUGUACCAUCUUCGGUGUUCUGUGUCGUUCGGCUUUAUUUAGCUGCAGGAAGGUGAGGGCGCCAAGCUUAUUUCCCCUAUGAUCUCACACUGUGUGCUAGUCGAAACAAUGCUAGUUAUUUAACUCUGAGAUAUCGACGGCGACAUUCACGUGUGGCGAAGCAACCCAUUGGUACAUCAUCACUCUCCGCAGAGAAUCGUUAGCUUGUGACAUCGCAUCAGUGUGUGCAUUGUGGUCGGAGAACGAAAGAGGGAGAGAGAGAGAUAUUGUUGUUACGUGUGUCCAUGCUUCGUUAGUGGAAUGGUUUUUGCCACGUCUUCAUUUGCCCAUUCCAUUUGUUAGUCGUGUGUUACAUCUUUUAGACGUAAUCGAAUCUCAUAAUGUGAAUCUCGAUGAUCUCAGAAGUGGUUGACAUACUCAGAUUUGUGAAGUUUUCAUGUUGUGCUGGAUGGUUCCUUCUUGUGAAAAUGAGCACUGUCAAACUGAUCUUGACUUUCACCGAUGCUGAGUUUAACACACGACUUGGUCAAUAUAUGAGCUGACGAUAGUGUUUAAACAUGUGUCUUAUUCGUCAUUGGCUGAAAAUGUUAACGUUUGAAAAUUAACAAUUGAUGACAUGCUGAAAAAUCCAUACAGUAUAAAGCUUAUCGUCAGCUCUUAACCCUGCGCAUUCACUUGUCCCAUGAUGAUUGUUCCUAAGAUUGGGAGUUACAUCUCGCACUGUACACUAUAGUCCCAGUUAUGACAGCUUAUGGCUGGCCAAGUCCCACACUUUUGCACUUUGGUCCUCCGAAACUGCAGUGCUGUGGAACCUUGGCACUCGGACACUCUGGAACUCCGUGUAUGUUCUCCGGCACUAGCGUAAGAGUGCCCAACGGCGACCAGGGCAAAUCGACGAAUCGUGUCCGUACAUUGCAAGUGGAUGUAUGUGCACACUGCGCAAUGCGCAUUGAUGUAUGUCCCCGCGCACAUUGUACAUGGCAUUGGCAUGUUUCUCAUUGCACAUACAUAUAUAAACGGCCUUGGGCGUCGGUAAAUCUUAAAAGCUGGCGGCUGAAGACUGCUUUCACCGCGUGUUUGUACGUAAACGUUGAGGUGCUGAGAGAAAGGGUGGCAUUGUCAUUUGUCAGUGAUGAAAUGUUCAUGUUAUCCCGAUGGGUGUACAGGAUGGACUGUGUUGUGACCUAUGAAUAAAAUAGAGCAGAACCAGCCAA